GGCGCGGCGGCGCAGGCGCAGCGCGGCGCGGGCGGUGCGGCUGCGCGGGCGGCCCGCAGGCAUGGCGGAGGAGGAGCUGGAGGCGCUGCGGCAGCAGCGGCUGGCCGAGCUGCAGGCCAAGCACGGGGAUCCUUCUGCUGAUCCAUCUCAACAGGAAGCAAAACAGAGGGAAGCAGAGAUAAGAAAUACUAUUUUAGCUCAAGUUCUUGAUCAAGCAGCUCGUGCAAGACUAAGCAAUUUAGCACUUGUGAAACCAGACAAAGCAAAAGCAGUAGAGAAUUAUCUUAUACAGAUGGCAAGAUUUGGACAGCUAGCUGGAAAGGUAUCAGAACAAGGUUUGAUAGAAAUACUUGAAAAAGUGAGUCAGCAAACAGAAAAGAAAACAACAGUAAAGUUCAACAGAAGGAAAGUAUUGGAUUCUGAUGAAGAGGAUGAUUAUUAAGACUACUGUAAGACUCUGCCUGGAAAGGCAACAUGGCAUUAUCAGGCAGAAUGCAAGAUCUGAAAAUGUUUACGCUUUACUUCUUUGGGGUUUUUUUGUUUUUUUUUUGUUUUUUUUUAAUAAAAAGGCCAACAAAUGAACUUGUCUUGUAAAAUAAAUCUGAGAAGGGGAUUUUAUAACUUACACUUUUGUAGUAUAAGAGGCCCAAGCAGUGUGGGGUUCCCCAGUGCUUCAUUAGCAUGAACAUUUUGUUGCCCCUUACUCAGUGUGUAAGCUUUGCUUUCAGCAACUGCACACACUUAACUUGCUGCUAUUGGAGAUACCAUAACAUGAGGAGGAGCAGUGUCAAGCUGGGAACAGCCACUCUCUAGAGUUUAAAGACUUUUCUCUGGGCUCUAAAUCACAGAAGUGUCAGAAAUGAGAUUUCCUAAGCUGCUGAAAGAAGCCUAUCCAGCAGCUCACUGGCUGUCAAGUCCUUGUUGGAAUAAAACAAAGUGAAGGCAUCAAAGUAGUGUUUGGAUCAGAGGAGUCCACAUCAGGCAGUCUGUGUAAAGAAACUGUAACCAGCAUACAAUUGAACCUCCCCUAUGAAACAAUCAAACUAUCUCAAAAAAAGCAAGUUAACUGUGUAAUAGAGCACCGUUCAGACACUUGAUAUUGUUUAUUCUUAGAACUACCUCCAUUUUUAUCAAAUGGUUGGAGUGUUUCUUACCUUGAAAAAAAAAUACUGUUUUCCUAAACUUUCUGCAACUCCUGCAUGCAUAAAGUAAAACUGAACUUGUGCUAUACAUUUAUUCAAAAAUAUGGUUAUGGAACUAAGUAGGAUAAAUACUGUAAUGUGCUGAUAAACACUCUUCCACCACAAAACUGUUUUCUGACAUAAUUUGACAGGAACAUGUGUGAUCCCAACUACAGUGUUUUUUGGAACAGAAUAAAAUUGUUUCAAGUGA